AUGUCAGUCACCAACGCAGCCACUUCUAAACCCAAGCUUCUUCAUCAUCAUCAUCAUAAGGACAAGCCUUCAGCUACCCCUACUGAAUUCAAAGCUGAUGCUGUAGUGGAAGGAAAAUUCCCUAUUAAACCUCAAGAUGAGGUGGACAUUCAAUCUGCGCGCGAGGUUUUCGAUAUGCGUUCUCGCAAAAAUAUGGGUAAGUCCUACAAGGUCAAAGUCAUUGGUACCGAUACUCGACUCAUUAUCAAACGAAAAUCGGUUGUUAGUUCUUCUCCACGGGAAAUUUCCCUCCUUUGCAAUGAGGUCUAUCGAUUUUUCAUUUUCACUCGGGAUCCCAAACUUGUCAUUCUUGUUAUUCCGGAUCUCCCAGAAGGAAACCGAGCUUAUCUACUAUUAAAAAUGAAGAGUCAAGCUGACGCUAAUUCGGUGUGUAAUGUCAUCCAAAGUGGCCGGAAGAAACUCAGUUCCCAAUCUGCUCUUCAGCAGGAGACUGUGAAAUCCCCCAGCCAAUCUCGAGCAUCAGAAAGCUUUCAACCAGAUGGAGCAGAAGUAGAGAUGCAGGAGAAUGGUAAAUCUUUGGACAAACCCGGUGCUUACGAUUCUGAGAGCUCACACUCAGAAAAUGGACAUGCUGACUCGGAUACAGGAACUAUUAGCACUCCAAAGAAUAGUAAACACACGGGAAUCCCAGAAGCGUCCUCCCGUAGAGCUUUUGAAGGUGUUGAAGAGACGAAAAUUAAAGGUGAGCCAAUUCAACUGGCCUCUAUUCAUGAUGUUCAAUCGGCAUUCCCGGGCAUGGCCGAAAAUGAGAAUAGCACAAAUUCUGUUUCAAAAUCAGACUCGAACAUGGAGGAGGGUGUUCCGAGAUCUUUACCAAGAACACCACUUCACUCCUCCCCAGUUGAUAACGUAGUCAAAGAGAGGAAAGAGAAAAAGGAAAAGAGAAGUCCCCAUCGAAGGGAACCCCCACUCACUGAAGAGAUGUACGUUGAACCUCCGAAGAAUUGGAAGGUAGCUCAACCCAUCUGCGCAAGACGAGAAGAAGAUUUGAAAAAAGCUCUGCUUGUCGAUAUGUACGAUGAUGAUUGGGCUGUUGAUGUCAAGUUAAUUAAAUCGGAUGGUUCUUUCGGAAGUCGAAUUUCGGACACUGGAAAUGUGUACAUGUUCACAGCUCAUCAUCUAGUUCCAGAGAACUACAGUUACUUCGAUUGCAGUUCCAGCAGUGAUGAGGAGAUUGAAUUAAAGGAGAAACCGAUGAAAAUGAGUAAUGGCAUUAUGAGGCACCGCUCUUCAAGCAGUGAGAGUGAGCACAGAAAUGGAUAUGCUGGUGUGAACCGGUAUUAG